CUAAUCAAAAUCGACAACAACGAAAAUCAACUAAAUUAGUUUUCACAUUGCUAUUUUCGUGUUUUUUACUUGGCCGUGUUUACCAAUGGCUGUUUUCACAAAUAUUGUAGAUGUUUGAUUGUUCUUAAGCUUUGUUUGUUGUUCCACCUUCUUUUCUUUUUUUUGUGUUUUUUUUUUUUUUUUUUUUGGUAAAAAUCGAAAAUUCUGUGCAAUUUAACCGCGUGCAUGCAACUGUAUGGGUGAGUGAGGAGCUGUAAUAUCGGGUAAAUGCUCGCUAAUUGGCAGACGGCACGGAAAUCGUCGGAAAUGAAUGAUGCCCGGCUAUAUCGAAAAGCGGCGACUUCGCUGGAUAAAUGCCGCAUGGAAAUGCUGCACGAAUAUGUCCGAGACCAUUGCCAUCGGGCAAGAAGCGAGGGAGUGGACGUGAAAGCCCGCCGAAAACUGAUCAUAGCCAGCAUCCUGUGCUUGGUUUUUAUGAUUGCCGAAAUCGUAGGUGGCGUCCUAUCGAACAGUCUGGCCAUCGCAACAGACGCCGCACAUUUGCUCACCGAUUUCGCCAGUUUUAUGAUCUCGUUGUUUGCCAUCUGGAUUGCCGGACGCCCAUCUACGCAGCGGAUGUCCUUCGGCUGGUAUCGGGCCGAGGUUAUUGGCGCCAUGGCCUCCGUCUUCAUGAUCUGGGUCAUCACGGGCAUCCUCGUCUGGUUGGCCAUCGGAAGACUCAUCAGCGGCGAUUACGAGGUGAAUGCGAAGAUCAUGCUGAUCACCUCGGGCCUGGCCAUAUUGGUUAAUGUCAUCAUGGGCGUUCAGCUGCAGCACGGCCAUUCCCAUGGACUCGGCGGAGGCGGCGGUGGGCAUGGUCACAGCCACGGUGGCAACAAGAAGUCGAAGAAGAAGACGCCCGCAGCGAUCCCAUCCCAUGCCCAUGCCACAUCCACUCCCUGUUCCGCAUCGCCCAAUCAACGGAUCGAAGGGGGCGUGGCCUUUGCACCCGAGGAUGCGGAGUUGCCUGGCAGCGGACUGCCAACGUACUCAUACCAGAACGCCAAGCUGGUGGAUCCAUCGCUGGACCUCGAAAUUGCGGCCGUUUUGGCGGAAACCGCUCCCGGUGCUCAUCAUCACGGCGGACCCGUUGGUCGCGAAGCCGUAAACAUGAAUGUCCGGGCAGCUCUUAUUCACGUGAUUGGCGACGUCAUCCAGAGCCUUGGUGUUUUCGUCGCCGCCGGCGUGAUCUACUUUUGGCCAGAGUACUCCAUCGUUGACCCCAUUUGCACGUUUGUGUUCUCCAUUAUUGUCCUCUUUACCACGUUUACGAUCAUGAAGGAUGCCCUGCUGGUUCUCAUGGAGGGGACCCCCAAUUACAUGCACUACGCGGAGGUGCUGCAGAUUUUCCAAGGCAUCGAGGGCGUUGAGCGGGUGCACAAUUUGCGCAUCUGGGCGCUGAGCAUUAAUAAAGUGGCGCUAUCUGCGCAUUUGGCCAUUGCUGCCAAUGCGAAUCCAAAGAUGAUCCUGGAUGCAGCCACCUCGGCGGUUCAUCUGCGCUACAAUUUCUUCGAGACGACCAUUCAGAUCGAGGAGUACACGGCCCAAAUGGAGAGCUGCCUGCAGUGCAAUGUGCCCGAAAAGUAGACACCUUAUACAGUGUGUACUGUACCCCCAAAUAUAAUAACAAAAUGCGAUGUAUAUUCAAUAUUUAUUUUGGCAAACGCCAGAUAAGAGUGACACCCUGUCCGUUCGUUUGAUGGGUAAACAAAUUCCAGAUGCCGGCUAGAACCGGCAAACAAAUCAACUACGAAAUAUAUUAAUAAUAAUAAUAAAAUUGGCGUUGAUUUUGCUCCAUA